AUGUCUGGAGGACCAGUUCCAGUUUGGAAAAAAUAUACAACAAGACCACAAGGUAUAUGGGAAAAAUUAAGACAACUAUUAGUAUUAGUUCCAAACAGAUCAUCUGGUAAUCCUUUAGUAUCAUUAUUUAGACAAAUUCCACCAGGAGAAAGAAUUAAAGAAGCAAAAAAUUAUAAAGAUCCAAUAACAAUACCAGCAGGAGAUAUAAAGGGCAAUCCAUAUUAUAAAAGAGAUUAUAGAAGAAAUUAUCCUCAAUUACAUGGAUUUAAUCAAACUAAAAUUUCAGGUUUAUUAAAUUUAGGAUCAGAACAAAAACCAAGAAUUUCAAUAGGUAAAAAGGGAGAAGAAGAAUUAGUAGUAUAUAAACAACCAAAUCAAGAAAUAAGUUUAUCUACAACUUUAACUAAUUUACCUGAAAACAUAAUAAAAGGUGAAAUUUUAGGUAAUGAAGGUGAACCAAUAAUAGCUCCAAGUCUUAAUAAAUUUAAAUGGGAAAUAUUAUCUGAAAAUGUUUCUGGAAUGUAUACAGAUAAAUAUCCAUGUCGUAUGUUUACUGAUAAAAAAGUUGCAUCAUCAGCUGGUGCAUCUGUAUAA